AUUUAUACAGCAACCGAUUCCAAUUUACAGCCAUGGAAGCAGCCGAAUUGGCCAACCUGAGGAUUCAACAGAGUUACACAAAGGAAAGAAAGAUCGGUGAAGGUACCUAUGCCAGCGUGUUCGAAGGUCAUCAGAAAAAGUCCAACAGAAAAGUGGCCAUCAAGAAGAUUAAGGCCGGGCAAUUCAAAGAUGGAUUGGAUAUGUCAGCGAUCAGAGAGGUUAAAUUUCUGCAAGAAUUGAGCCAUCCUAACGUCAUUGGUCUCUUAGAUGUGUUUUCAUCUAAAUCAAAUUUAAACUUGGUUCUAGAAUUCCUUGACACCGAUUUAGAAGCCGUCAUCAAAGAUCGCGAAUUGGUUUUCCAAGCUUCAGAUAUCAAAAGCUGGAUGCUCAUGACUAUGCAGGGGUUGGACUUUUGCCAUCAAAACUGGGUUUUGCAUCGUGACAUGAAACCCAACAACUUGUUGAUUGCUUCAGAUGGGACACUCAAGAUUGCGGAUUUUGGUUUGGCGCGUGAGUAUGCUGAUCCGGGUACAAGAAUGACAUGCCAAGUAGUCACUCGCUGGUAUCGUCCGCCGGAACUACUCUAUGGCGCCAGAGCUUACUCUACCGGUGUGGAUAUAUGGGCAGUUGGCUGUAUAUUUGCCGAGUUGAUGUUAAGGACUCCAUACCUCGCGGGGGAAAACGAUUUUGAUCAAUUAAGCACGAUAUUUCGAGCCCUCGGGACACCGACUGAUCAAGAUUGGCCUGGUCACAAAAGACUAGCAGAUUAUGUCGAGUUUCCCAUACAGCAUAAGCAGCCGCUGGAACUACUGUUCAGUGCAGCUGGCGAUGAUGCUAUCGAUUUCUUAGAAUGUUGUUUGAAGUUCGAUCCGAGGAAACGGAUAAAUUCUAGGCAGGCUUUACGACACCAAUACUUCAAUUCAACUCCAUAUCCGACCAACCCUCAAAAGUUACCGAAACCCAAGGGAGCAUUAGUUCCUAGACAGAUUGCACCGCAAGAUGGAGGAGCGGGUGGGGCAGAUGGCAGGAAUGGUAAUGGAUUAAAAAAACGAAAAUCGGUGGUUGACAAUUCAGGUAAAGAUGUCGAAAUGGAGGAUCGCACGCGCAAGAUUGCCAAGCGUUUGGAUUUCAGUUAGAUGUAAUUAAUAAGUGUUUGUGUCCCAGUUCUUUUUUUUUGGUUCUUGUUUGUUCAACAGCCUUGCGUUUCUUUUAGUCUCAUGUAGUUUGAUUUAUAACGACUUUCAAAUCGUGAUAUCAUAGAGAAAGAAUAUUCUCCUUUGAUCAGUGCAUAUCAUUA